CCCACCCAUCCACCCACUCACCUUGUUAUCCACCCAUCCACCCAGCCACUCAUCUACCCAUUCAAACACCUAUCCAUCCAUCCAUCUACCCAUCCAUCCAUCCAUCCACCCAUCCAUCCAUCCAUCCAUCCACCCAUCCAUCCAUCCAUCCAUCCACCCAUCCAUCCAUCCACCCACCUAUCCAUCCAUCCACCCAUCCAUCCAUCCAUCCAUUCAUCCAUCCAUCCAUCCACUCAUCCUUCCAUCCAUCCACCUAUCCGUCCACUCAUCCAUCCAACCAUCCAUCCAUCCAUCCAUCCAUCCAUCCACCCAUUCACCCAUGCAUCCACCAACCCAUCCAUGUACCCAUUCACACAUCACACCUAUCUACCCAUCCAUCCAUCCACCCAUCCAUCCAUCCACCCAUCCAUCUAUCCACCCAUCCAUCCAUCCAUCCACCCAUCUAUCUAUCCACCCAUCCAUCCAUCUAUCCACCCAUCCAUCCAUCCACCCAUCCAUCCAUCC